CACAAGUGACACACGACGCAACAGGAGAUUACAAAGCAAUCGAAUCAGAAUGCGAGAUCAAGCGAGCGGGUACGUUGCAACCUCGGACCAAAUUUGGAGAUGAUGGACCCCUCAUGGGAGUAGCGGUAGGCCUUCUGCUUUAUAAGCUCUUCUGGGCGGCCUUGUUUAGCAUUUCGUCAUCUUGAUCGAGCUUCUCUCUUUAUAGAAAACAGGUCCCUCUUCUUCUUCUCUCCCAAUUCUACUCUUCCACGCAAUCUUCAAAACUCACAUCUCACACAUAUACAAGAUGGUUCAGAACAAGGCAUUGAUCUUCAAGAAGGUCCCCUCGGGCCUCCCCGUUCCCGGCGAGCACUUGACCAUCGAGUCGACCGAGUUCGACGUCGACCAGGCCCCUCCCCAGGGCGGCUUCACCGUCAAGAACCACUACAUCAGCUUCGACCCUUACCAGCGUGGUCGCAUGCGCGAUGCCAGCUCAAAGUCCUACUCCCCUCCCUUCGCUCUCAACAAGCCCGUCACAAACUCCGGCAUCUCGACUGUCCUCAAGUCAGACAACGACAAGUUCAAGGCUGGCGAUGUCGUCGUUAUGAUGCAGGACACUGCUGAGUACAGCGUCGUCUCCAAGGACCAGGCCAAUGCUGCCCGCAAGCUCGAGAAUCCUUACAACCUCGACCCCAAGCUCUUCGUCGGUGCUCUCGGUAUGCCUGGUCUUACCGCCUACUCGAGCUUCUACGCCAUUGGCGAGCCCAAGAAGGGGGAGACCAUCUUCAUCAGUGCCGCCUCUGGUGCCGUUGGUCAGCUCGUUGGUCAGCUCGCCAAGCACGAGGGCCUCAAGGUCAUCGGUUCCGUCGGUGACGACAAGAAGCUGGACUACAUCACCAACGAUCUUGGCUUCGACGGUGCCUUCAACUACAAGAAGGAGACGCCCGCCGAGGGUCUUGCCAGACUUGCCCCCAACGGCAUCGACAUCUACUAUGAGAACGUCGGUGGUGAGCACCUCGAGGCUGCAAUUGGCGCCAUGAACGACUUCGGUCGCAUCAUCUGCUGCGGUAUGAUCUCGCAAUACAACACUGCUCCUGGCGAGCAAUACCCCAUCCGCAACCUCAUGCAGGUUGUUGCAAAGCGCCUGAAGCUCCAGGGCUUCAUCGUUAGUGACGAUGGUAUGGGUCCCAAGUACUUCGUCGAACACCAGAAGAACGUGCAGAAGUGGAUCCACGAGGGCACCUACAAGCCUCAGUUCAGCGUUACUGAGGGCAUCGACAACGCCGCCGAGGGACUUUUGGGUCUUUUCAGCGGAAAGAACAUGGGUAAGGCUCUCCUAGAGAUCUCCAAGCUCCAGUAGAUGUGCUGCCUAAACAAGACAUGAGAAACGAACCAUAAUCAAAAUGUACAUUUUCCACAACACAUCGCAUAUUUGGUCCUGCCACUUACGUAUCUAUCGUAAACCUCGUGUCAAGAAGAUCUCCUUCUGUCCAGACGAUGAUUGUGUUUCAAGGAGACUAAGCACUUCAUGCCAUGUUCAUGUCUAUGUCAUGGUGUUAGUAAGGACAAGCUGUCACAGAAGGCUGAAUGCCACAGAACAUCGCUCGAAUCUAUCGUUACAUGUCACAGCAGUCUGCAAGUAACUCUUUGGGAAGAUCAUCACUCU